GGUGGAGGUGCCUGGAGGGAAGGGCAGAAGACAGAAUGCUCUGAGCCAUGCCGUGAGCCUGGCUGGAGGAAGCUGUGCUGAGGUGGAAAACACACCAUAGCCUUAUAGGAAGGGGCAAUUGGAGGAGAGCUGCCAGGAGUGGCAGGGGCCCGCCCUGUUCCUGGUGUAGUCAGUGCUGCUGGGGCCCCUUCCCUCCAGAAGGGACAGCUGUCCUCCCUUCCUCAGGCUUUGACUCAGGGCUGAGGAUGUGGCUCUGGGCAGUGAUGUCAGCCUUCAGGCAGGGGAAGUGUGGGAGGAGACUCCCUACCCUGGCCUGGCCUGCUGCACAUGAGACGGCAUGAGAGAGAGACGGCGGCAGCUGCCCACCGUGCCCAGGACACCAGCCCCAGCCAGAGGGGAACACACAGCCCACUAUGAACAGCAAACACAAAGGGAGGCCCUCGAGGUCACACUCAACAAUGUCACUGUCUGUGCGGCCGCAGCGCCGAGUCCUUGUUGCCAAGAUCAAUAGGAGCCAGUCAUUUGCUGGAGUGAAUUCAACAGUGGAUCGGCACUUCAGGAACCUCUCACCCUUCACCCCUGCUGUCUCCCGCAAGGCUGGCUCCAGGGUCAGUAGGAUGUUCUCAAUGUCCCACAAAUCCCCACCACCCAAGGUGCCUCAGCCCAACCGCCUGGAUGAGGUGUAUGAAGCACUAAAGAAGGGCCUGACAGCCUACCUGGAGGUGCACCAGCUGGAACUGGAGAAGCUCAGCACCCAGAUCCGUGAGUCCAAGAGGAAUUCACGCCUGGGCUUUCUCUACGACCUGGAUAAGCAAGUCAAGUCAAUUGAGCGCUUCCUGCGUCGCCUGGAAUUUCAUGCUAGCAAGAUAGAUGAGCUCUACGAGGCCUAUUGCAUCCAGCGACGACUCCGUGAUGGGGCCCACAACAUGGUCAAGGCUUACAGCACAGGAUCACCAGGCAGCCGAGAGGCACGUGAGAGCCUGGCUGAGGCCAGCAAGGGCUACAAGGAAUACACAGAGAACAUGUGCCUAUUGGAGAGCGAGCUGGAGAGUCAGCUGGGCGAGUUCCAUGUGCGGAUGAAAGGACUGGCAGGUUUUGCCCGGCUGUGCGCUGGUGACCAGUAUGAGAUCUUCAUGAAGUACGGACGGCAACGGUGGAAGUUGCGGGGACGCAUUGAGGUGAACAGCAAGCAGGUGUGGGACAGCGAGGAGAUGGUUUUCUUGCCCCUCAUCACCGAGUUCCUUUCCAUCAAGGUGACAGAGCUUAAGAGCCUGGCUAACCAUGUUGUGGUGGGCAAUGUGUCAUGUGAGACUAAGGACCUCUUUGCAGCUCUACCCCAAGUAGUGGCUGUGGAUAUCAAUGACUUGGGUACCAUCAAACUCAGCCUGGAGGUGACCUGGAAAGCAGGGUUGAGACCCCAUCAUUUUACCUGCACCCUUCAUCUCCCUGCUCUGCUCACCAGCCCCUUCGACAAGGAUGACCAGCCGUCAGCAGCAAGCACCGUCAACAAGGCCUCCACAGUGAACAAGAGGUUCUCCACGUACAACCAGAGCCCACCAGAUACACCAUCCCUGCGGGAACAGGCUUUCUAUAACAUGCUGCGGCGCCAGGAGGAGCUGGAAAAUGGUACAGCCUGGUCCAUCUCCUCGGAGUCAUCAGAUGAUUCCUCGAGUCCCCAGCUGUCAGGCAAUACCCGCCACACUGUACACAAGCCUAUCGUGCAGCCAGAGGUGCAGGCUUCAGCCCCUGCCAUCGAGAUCUCCUUCUCCCAGCAGCAGGAGGCAGGGGCUGGAGCCAGCAUGCCUGCCGGACCAAGGCUGCCCGACCAAUUAGAGGAGCAAGGCAGCUCCAAGAAGGAUGUGGUGGCCAAUGGGCACGUGCCCUACUCCCGGACUCUGAGCCACAUCAGUGAAGCCAGUCUGGACACCACAAUGGAGGCCAAAGCUCUGGAGAGCAUGUGGGAGCCCUCUCCAAGCCCAGAGGACUCUGGCCCAGGCGAGCCAGACACAGACUCCCUCCCUUGUGCCUCAAACGUGAUGUCGGCAGCAUGGCCAGGGCAGGACAGAGGCUUUGAGGCCAAGCCCCGCACCAUGGUGUCAUGGUCUGAGGCCUGUGAGAUGGAGGCCACACAGGUAGAGCCAGUGGUGAGCCAAGAGCUGGUGCAGAGUGGCUGUAACACCAAGGCCCCCACACAAGCCACAGGCCCAGCACACACCUCCGUGGAGAAGAUGUCCAUCCACACCUCACUCCUGCCUGCCAGUCCCCCUGAGGUCCCACGAGUGAAGGCUGUGGACUCAGGCUUGGAGGAGGCCAUCAGCCUCCUGGGCUCAGCCCUGGAUGACUAUCGGGGACAAUUUCCAGAGCUGCAGCCCCUUGAACGGGAGCUCAAACACCUGGAAGAGAUCCUGCUGCACAAGCAAGGUGUGUUCCUCAGCCGGGCCUCCAGCAUCAGCCUCACAGUGGAGCAUGCACUAGAGAGCUUCAGCUUCCUCAACACCUCUGACAUGGAUGACUCAGAGGGCUCUGAGGAGGAGGUCAUCCGGGAUGAGAGGAGGGCUGGCAAACCCCGGCAUGGGAGUGGGGCCCCCAGCGCUGGUGAGAUGGGGGCAGACGACGCUGGCUUGUGCAGCUGCUCUGAGGGCAGCACAGAUCCCAUGAGUACUGGCAACGAGUUCUUGGAUAAGUCCCUGGUGCUUCAUCUCAACAACUGCAACUGCCUGCUGCUGAAGCUGGGCACCUUUGGGCCCCUGCGGUGCCAGGAGAUGUACGCCCUGGACAGGUUGUUGCGGGAAGCGCAGGUGCUGGAGAUCGUGUGUCAGCUAACAGAAGAGCGAUUGGGAGCAGCCAGCUCUGCUGCUGAAGUGGUGCAGUUCUCAACACAGAAGGAGGGAGUACUGCCCCUUUGGGACCUCUGCGUGAAGGUACCCAAUGUCUAUACCUGCCCUGUGGAGCAGUUCCUGCAGGUGCUGAGCACCCAGUAUGCAGCGCUUAUCAACGAGCGGCACCCUGGCCUGGCUGACGCAGUGUGUGUGAAGCUGGUGGAGGAUGUGCUGAAUCGACGGCUACCCCGGCGACCUGGCAGUGCCCAGAGUGAGCAGGUCACCAUCUUCCAGUACUGGAGCCAUUUUGAGUCACUCGGUGCCCUGGUGCUGGAUGCCUAUGUGAUGGAGCUGGCAGAAGAAGUGCUGCUGGCGCAAAACCUGAACUCAGACGACCAGGAUGUGGUGCUACGGGCCCUGAAGCGCAUGCCUGAGGGCCGCCUCAAGAAGGAGGGACUGAAGGCACUGAGCCUGCUCCUCAUAGAGGGCAACAGCAAGGUGGUGAGCGCUGUGUCGGCCCAGCUCCGCAGCCUGGCUGAAAACCCCCGCUUCCGCCAACGGGCCCUUGUGUGUUACCUGGACCAGCUGGAGGAUGAAGAGAUGCAGAUACGUGUGGCAGGGUGCGCAGCAUUGGGCUGUCUCAAGGCCAAGGAGAGCAUCGAGCAGCUGGUUUACCUGUGCCAAACCGACAAGGAACCCGUACGGGAGGCAGCCAAGCAGAGUCUGAUGCUGUGUGGUGAGGAUGGUAAAUCAGCUCACAGGCGGCUGGAGGAGACCCUGGACAGCCUCCCGAGGAUCUUUGCACCAGCCAGCAUGGCCAGUACAGCUUUUUGAGACACCACACACACCUGCCUGCCAUCCCUCAGGGCAAAGGCACUGCUAGGCUGCCUGGGCUUGCAUGGACCAAGCCAGCACCCAGAGUCUCCCACCCUCAGCAGCACACUGCAGUAUUACCCCUACCAGCAGCUUGCCGCAGCCGCUCACUGCCUUACAGAGCACUGCUUUCCCUGCCCCUGACACUGGCCAUUUGGGGUGCCCUGUAUGCACCCCUGGGCAGGGGGGCUCGCUGCACCUCUCACCCUUUGAUUGCUAUUUAAAUUGCCAGGGAGCUUGCCCUACCUGCCCCAUCAUUGGCUACAGCUGGGGCUACAGAUGCCUACUGGAGCAGGGCAGAGAUGUACCAGACUUCUCCACCACUUCCCUUCCUGUUGCUCGAGGUCACAUGCCAUUCCCCCGAAGGAUCUGCACUUUGGAAAUGAUGCUGUUUCCUUCCAGGAGUUUCCUGGGCUGUGGGGACUAUCACCCUUUGACACCUGGAGUCUCCAGGACUUAAAUAAAAUGAUAUAUGAGAUAUUAAUAUAUUCUGCUGGCAUUUCUUCUUUCCAGCUCCACGUGCUCCUGUCCCUCCCCAGGCCUGGCUGUAGGGAGUGCAGUGAGAUAUGACCAUACCCCAGAAUCUUUCCCAGUCUUUUGGGAAGCACUGUGGAGGGCAGGGGCAGGAGGAGCAACAGAGAGAGGGAUGGACAGAUGGAUGGACAGAAGCUGCCACCUUUUUUUUUGGUUUUAUUUUAUUUUUUAUUUACAGAUUUUUGCAGAAAAACAAAAGCAAAAAAUUCUUUUCUAUAAUGUCUCUAUAAAUCUAUAUAUAAUGUAAUUACAGAGAAUGACUAAUUUUGAUUUUAAAGCAGAAAUAAAAACAAACCUUUAAUGAGU